UUGCUAUUGAUUGAGUGAAGGACACGAUUAUGACAGAAGGAUGCUGUGCACUAUGCUUGUUUCUUGCUCCCUGGGAACACCGAAGAUUGCUUUGCUAUUUUGCUCAAACUACAUUUGGCCAGUCCUGACACUUAAACCAAGCUGUGUACACCGAUGAAGCUGCGCUUUGACAUAUUGGCCUGUGGAUUCAAAUAUCCCCUCAUGAAAUCAUCAUAUGAAAUGUACAAUAAAUGUACAAUGUAUUCAUCCACUCCCAAGGCUGAGCCAAACAUCUCCUUCUGUGUAUAGAGGCUGCUGGAGGAGCUCCCUCAGGUUGGACUCACCAACACCCCUAAGAAAUGCCACUUCAAACUGCUUGAAGAGUUUUACCUGGACUUCUAGAUCAACUGGGGACUGAUAAAACCUUCAAAAGCAGAUAGAAGCUGAGCAGUUUUAUACAUCCUGGCCUGCGAGUAUGAAAUAUGUAUGCUGUUUCCAAGGGUAGGCAGGUUACCAUCAAUGCCUCAUGCCUAGUUUUUCUAGUAUAUCAUCUCUCCUCUCAAGCAUGAACAGUAAUGGAUGGCAAGAAAAAAAUACUAUGAACGUCUAAUGUAGGGUUUAACAUGCUACAAGCUUUAUUCUACCCUUCACUCUCCAUGUUCACGCCAAGCUGCCAUCCAUGAAGAUGAUGCAAUUCACUAUCUGACACCAGCACUGUACAUGACUUUGAUUUAUUAUUAUUUUUUGACACAUGAAUGGAUCAUCCAAUGCACAAUGCAUGUCUCUUAUUUUCUCUCUCAGCUCUCAAAUACCAGUGCACACUAAAACUUAUUCGCAUGUUAAUUGCGGGUGGAGAGAACCGUUCAUAUUUACUGGUAAAACAUGGUAAAAAAAAAAAAAAAAACAUUGGGUGAUUUGGGUGUUGGCUAAGCCUUGCAGUUACCAUAUCCUCCUGACACAUUUCCUCUUCUGCGUUAGUUGAUGUUAGUCAUGUGCUAAGCUCAUUUACACUAAAAUAUGCUUCUUCUGCCCCUCCCCCCUUUUUUAUGUUUUCCCUGCAUAUGAGGUCACGUUCCUGUAAGAAAUUAUGUGACUUGAGUUGUCAGUUUGCAGUCAGAACACAUUAGACAAAAGAUGAGGAACCACUUCAAUGUGAGCACCCUGGACAUCUUGAGUGCACCAGCGAUUGUGGGAAAUGCUUGUGGAAUCGACUUUAGUCAAGACGGCAUCUUCCUUCCCAUCUUGUAUGGAAUCUUCUUCAUCAUCGGCACUCCUUUAAACCUGUUGGCACUCUUUGGGCUCUACAAACUCAUCCAGUCAGAGAAUGUCCUACCUGUGUACGUCAUAAACCUUCUGAUCGCAGAUCUAAUUCAACUUCUGACUUUGCCUUUGUGGAUGGACUACUAUGCAAACGGACACUACUGGCGCUUCGGACCCCGGAGCUGUCAGUUCAUGGGUAUGUUUUUUUACAUUAGCAUUUACGCGGGCAUCUUCUUCAUGUGUAUCAUUGCUCUAGAACGUCACCUGGCCAUCGCCAGACCUCUCAGGUUCAAGCAUAUCCGUAAUUUGAAGUUUUCUCGCUGGAUAGCACUUGGCAUUUGGAUUCUAAUUGCGGUGCCUCCUGCCAUUGCGUUCGACAAGCUCUUUCCCAAGCAGGCAAAUUACACUCUUUGUAUCGAGAAGUAUCCCUCAGAGGGCAGUUUUAUCACCUACAGGCUGAUUACUCUGCUUGUGUCCUUCAUCAUACCCCUUAGCUUCAUUGUUGGUCUCCACAGAGAGACCGUCCGAUCGCUGAUGGCAAUCAACUCACUUUUAUCCGAGGAGAAGAGGAGUAUCAGGGGUCUGCUCACCCUUCUGGUGGCCGUAUUUGUCACGGUGCUGGGGCCCUAUCAUUUCAUCGGCUGUGUGAAGUACCUGGGACUGCUGAUACACAGCAGUCCGUGCGUUUGGGAGAAGGCAGUGUUUGUGCCCUAUCAGUUAGGACGAGGCUUUCUGAGCCUUAACAGCUUGCUGGAUCCUGUGUUUUACAUCUUUCUCCGCAGAGACUUUCGUGCUGCUGCUGGGAAGUACUUGCCCUGCCUGAGGAGAGUGAGAAGCAGAUCGUAUCGGACAGAGAAAGCGACAAGCUCCACUCUAGACUGUGACUGAAGAUUUCCCCUUGGUUAUGUAUUUGAAAUAUACUUUGGACAAAGAGCUAAGAAACUGUGCCAAACUAAUACAAAAGGCGUAAUUAGAUCUAUGGUGAUGCCAUCAUCUCAAGACAGGUGUUUUAGCAUCAUUGAUCAUUUUUAAUUAGAAGAAAUUUGGCAUUGCUAUAAUUUUAGUUAGCCUUGCUGACUUUUUUGUCUGUCUGUUGAUCAUUUCCAUGUCUGCACUGCUGGAAUGAUUUUUAUUUUAUAUUAUCUUAGUUUAUUUGUCUGUCAUGCCAUGGCUAACCUGCUGAAACAAAACUAACAUAUUAAUUCUAUUUCAUUGUGGUUUUGGCAGUAGACUUGGUGGUAUAGUGUAAAAUCUUUACAUAAAAAAAAAAAACAGACAAAAUUUGUCAUCACCCAUUAAAAUGUUUUUCACUUCAUAACUAUUAAUGUUAUUUCAACUCUCAGUACUUUUUUCUCUCAAACAAGAGUACUUCACUUACUUCCUCCUUUUUUACACAUUUACACUGUGUUGAUUCUAUUCCGGGUGUGAAACUGAGACCACAACUACACAAAUACAGACAGCAUCAACAUCUUUCUAUAACCAACCUAACCUACAAUUAUAUUUCUUUCCUAUCCAUAAAUGGCAAUAACUUAACAUCUGAAUACAUCGGGCUGAUGUUUUCUGUAUAAAUAUGACCUGUCUUUCUGAAUACAAUUAUCUUAUCUUAUUUUAUCUUAGAUUUUAUCUCAGUUUAGUUUAUUUAUCUGUCAAUCAUUUCCAUGUCUACACUGCUGGAACUGAAUUAAGGGGUUCUACACUAUUUUAUUAUGGUCUUAAUAAUACACAUUAUUUAGUGUCCGAUUUAUAUUUUAAACAAAACAAUUUCACAUCACCAGACACAAUCUUUUUCCUGCUUAUAUCUUCACUGUUGAAACAAUGAUUAAUACUUUUUUUAGUCACCCAAAUGGCAUGAUGCUUGCAAGCAACUUGUAUCAUGACAUACAGACAGCUUUCUCUUAGUGUUAAAGACCUCCUUGAUGCAGAUUCAGAAAUUACCAUGGCCACAUGAGCAAGUGAUUCACGUUCACAGGAAGCUGAGGUUUGACCAUGUGAAAUAAAUUCCCAUUUGAUUUCGUGACCAGUAUCCGAAAGCUCCAUUCCCAUGGGAAAUGCCAACAUGUCGCUUUCAAGCAAUGUCUUUUUGGGAAAAAUCAAGUUGGCAGAAUUUAGAUCUCCAACUGCAGUAUGUCUCACUGUGAGAUUUUUGUGCCAGAAUUAAUAAUUGCACCCACUGCCAUCAACUGCAAAGACAAGACACAGACAUAUCUUGCCAAGGGUCGCAGCUUGCAUGAGACCAUUGGAAACACUCUGCAAUUAUAACAUUUUAUAUUGAUUUCCAUCAUUUGCCAACUCUAUCUACAUACUCAUCUCUCAGAUUAAUUCAGAUGUGUAUUGUUAGGGCAUAAAAAUCUUUAUUUUCUUUUAGUGCAAUGAACUGAGGAUAAAGUCUACUAUAUGAAGGACUGGUUUUGGCCAUAAAUUCCCACAAAUGCAUUAACUCCAGAGGAUGCCAUUGACCACAUUUAAAAAUGUCACAGUUCAGAACUUUAUAGAGUGAACUUUAGAAACUUUGUUAUAUUUGUGAUCGUUGCGCACCAUUACUUUUCAUCAAAGAGUUGAAAAGUUUGUUUAUGUCUGUUUUAUAUUUUAUAUUCUGAGUCAUAAGUUUGAACUGGUGGAAUGUUUAUUAACUGUUCAAUUUUAUAAAGGUUUUAGCAGUGUAAUCUGUAUAGUGGAUUUAUUUUUUUUUAUU